UAACAAAUAGAACAUAAACCCUUUGUAAAACCCUAAGAAGUGAAACCUCAGAUUUAUCCAGAAGAAGUUCUAUUUCUACUCUUCCUUCCCUCUCGUCUCGCUGUUGAGUGCUCCAAUUCCAAAUGGCGAAGCGCUUGAUUCCACUGUUCAAUCGGGUUUUGGUGGAGAAAAUCGUGCCUCCAUCAAAAACCAACGCUGGCAUUUUGUUACCCGAGAAAUCCACCAAGCUGAAUUCUGGAAAAGUUGUUGCCGUUGGCCCUGGCCUUCACAGUAAGGAUGGGAAGGUGAUUCCUGUGGCCGUAAAGGAAGGUGACACUGUUCUUUUGCCUGAAUACGGGGGAACAGAGGUGAAGCUUGAAAACAAAGAGUAUCAUCUUUUCAGAGACGACGAUAUACUGGGGACACUGCAUGAUUGAUGUCAAAAUCUUGGCGGAUUUGAGUCUCAUGCUAGGUGUUCUGAUUAUUAUAUAUGAUGUCUACUAUCUACAUUUUAUUAUGGAGUGAAAAACUUCUUUGUUUCUUUUUAUUCCCUUGGCUAACAAUCAAGAAUGCUAUUUUUCUGCAACAAUUGUUGAAACUUUAUUGUUGUCUAUGAGGAGUUCAGAAGGGCUUAUAUUAAUUGUGGUAAACAGCAGCACCCGUUUUAUAACACUACACAUUUUAGAUAAUACUUGGAAGUGUCUUUCCUUCCAGAAAUUCUUUAAGAAGCACGAGUGAUCUCUCUGGCUAUGCUCCUCUUAUGGCAACACCUUUGUUGAAGAGCACAUAGACAUGAAUGCCCAGUUAACAAUACGUUUUGCGGUGAUGAUUGUAUCCUUUUAAGUUA